AUGGCCGACCUGAUCGGACCCGAGACCAUCGUCGACGACGAAGUCGGCUACGAAUACGAUACGAUGAAGAUACCGGAGAUCGUUACCCCGGAUGAGAUGAACGAGUCGGGCUAUCAGGAGGGAUCGGAGACUAGUUACGGGGAUCGGCGAGAUUCUAAAGAGGGAUUCGGGGGGCGAGGGGGGAUUCGGACAGCGGGGUGGACGGGGGUGAGCAGUGGAUGCAGCACCGUGGACGACUGCCCCGUCGUGUCUAUCAAUGACGUGGUCGCGUAUUACGACGACAUCCGGCCGCGGAGGCGCCAUGUGCCGCAGCUUAACUUCUAUCACGUAGACAUCGAGAGGAUGGCCUUGGACGCUGUUGCUCAGCAUUUGAAGUAUAUGACAUCUCUCGAUCAACAUAAAUCUGUUAACUUGUUAUACGUGAACGAAAUAUCAAAGUUCAAAGACGCCGCGUUUUCUUCUGUUUCAGACAUCUGUAUUUAUUUGCCGAGGCGCAGUGAAUUCAUCAUAUUUAUUGCUUUUUCUACUAUUGUUAUAUUUGUGUACGGAUCUGAGAAGAUUGACUCUGAACAUACAUUUUAA